UCUUUGUGAACUUCAGCUAUAUAAAGUCUCACUCCGACGCUUUCUACCCUUGCACUUCUUAACCCUCUGUGCGGAAACAUACGUAAGACAUCAUCCCAUAGGCUACCUUCAUCCACUAGCACACCUAACACCGUCAUGAGAGCCAGGAUGAGAGUGGCGUUGCUGUUUCUGGCAGCAGCUGUUUGUGUGUCAAACGCUCAGAGCAACAACAGCAGCAGCAUCAACAGGCAGCAGCAGCAGCAGCAACGCAGCAUCCGGGAUGAGGCCAUCAAAUUCAACACCAAGACCAAAGACACCUGUACCAUGGUAGUGUCUGGAGCGGGGGACUAUACUCGCCUGCGUGUCUCCUGCAAAGGUCCCAGCCAGGGCCAGACCCAAGGACGCUCCUACUACUGUGACUUCCAGGGUAAACCCAACCUGUGCCGCGGCUACAACCUCAACCCUCGCCACUACUUCACCCAGAUGAUGUGGGACAUGAGAAAGCUGAGCCACGCCUGCCAGGGACCCAAAGUCUACCGCCCAGCGAUGUGCAAGAAAUACCCCGACGAGGCCCAGAUGACCUUCCUGGCCUCCUGGCCCAAGACCACCAUCCCUAAGCCCUCCAAGCCUGUCCAGGAGCCACGUAAACCAGUUGUGCCGGCCCAGAACAAGCCUGUCACUACUCCCAAACCUGUCAAGCCCCAGCAGCAGCCAGUCAAGCCCCAGCCAGGCAAGGGCACCCAGACCAAGAAAACCACCCCCAAGCCUGGGAAGACCACUAUUCGUCCCACAGAGCAGACUGACUCCAAAGCCUCCCGCAUCGCCUCUGAGUACUGCUGGAAGAGCUUCCAUGGCGUCUGCUCCUACUUCAUCAGCUGGUUCCAGAACUGAGGAAAUACUGCAGACACAGGUUGGAAACAUGAGCGUCAGAACUCUUCUCGACUAUCUUCGACCUCUCCAGGAUCUGUGUGGGAUCCUCUGAAGUGAUUUUGCCAUCUUGUGAGGUCUGACUACCACCACUGCAGCAUCUUACGGGUCUGAGCCAAAAACACUCGACCCACACCUGUGUACGGUUAAGGGAUGACUGGUUGCGCUGUCAUGUAGUGGACAUGUUGGGUUUUUUUUCUCUGUAAAACACACAGCAAGGCAAAAGGGAAAACAUGGCAGGCAUGUGAUUCUGUUUGUAAAAGAUGUAAAAUUCCCUCCUCGUGUCACAUAAAUGUUCCAACCACAUGUGAAGGUAAAGAGAAUAAAGUCAGAGUGGAGACCCCU